UCUGCAGUAGUUACAGUUUCAUUUUAGGCUUCAAGCUGCAACUUAGAUUUGGUCCAAGACAAGCUUCUUAUUGACCUUUUGUUUAAACUAUAAAAAUGAUCAUAGUUUGAAAAACUGACAGGUAAUGACCGCACUACAGCUGGAGGUGGUGUUUAAGCCCAGAUUGACGGUGUGCUAUAGGAAGUGUCAAGAAGAAUGGACCCCAUUAAGAAAGCAGAGGAGCUGACACUAAAGCUAACCAAAGCCAUUGAAGUAAGAGACAAAGAGACCGCACUGCAAUGUGUCCAAAGCCUGAUAGAAGAUCAAGCCCAUGUCGCAGUACAAGUGAAAGAAGAAAUGUAUCCAAAACAUAAAAUCCGAUUAAGUGUGGGUGUAGAAGAUGCAGAAUCUACCACCAUUCCAGUUACAUUAGAAGUGCAUCCCUACAUGACAAUCUCAUCCCUGAAGGAUCUGGUGUUCCGUGACUAUGGCUUCCAUCCCAGAGUGCAAAAGUGGAUUAUUGGACAGCGCCUUCCAAAAGAUAAUGAAACACUCCACUAUCAUGGCAUAAGGCGGAACGGUGACAUGGCCUUCCUCUACCUCAUAUCUGCCAAGCAAGCCAAUCUAAGCAAGCAGAAUUACGAUCGAGAAAUGAGACAACGGCUUUUAGAAGAGUAUGGAUAUGAAAUUUUUAUAGAACCUCGAGGAACAGAGCAUCCUGCUAAGCAGGAUGAUGGAGAGAUUCAGCAGUUCAUAGAAGGGCCACCAGCUGUACCAAAAAAGCCAAAGCCUCCUGCUCUUCCUCCAGAAUUACCAGAGUUGCAGGUUGGCUGGACAUGUCCUGGGUGUACAUAUGUUAAUAAACCGACACGGCCAGGAUGUGAAAUCUGUUGCACUGAUCGACCAGAGAACUACAAGGUGCCUAAUAACUAUAUACCAGAUGAGGAAGAAAAUGCGUGGAUCAAUAAAGAAGCCUAUGCAUUAGAAGAAUACCAAAAGUCGAUUGCACUGGAAAGAACUCAAAACUACCAACUUCUGCUUGAUAUCGAUGGACGCAGCCUUGUACCUACAGAGGAUGAAAUUGAAUGUCCCAUCUGUUACACUCCCAUUGAACCCCACGAGGGAGUUGUCCUACGAGAGUGUUUGCACACUUUCUGCAAAGAAUGCCUGCGAGGUACAAUCCUGAAUAGCCAGGAUCCUGAGAUUGCAUGUCCUUACCUAGAUGACGAGUAUUCCUGUCCCGGAAAGCUACUGGAUCGAGAGAUUAAAGCUCUCCUCAGCCCUGAGGAGUACCAGAGAUUCUUAGAGCGGGGUCUGACGAUUGCAGAAAGCCGCAGUGAAAAUAGUUACCACUGUAAGACCACAGACUGCCGGGGCUGGUGCAUUUAUGAAGAUGACGUCAAUGAAUUUUUGUGUCCCCUCUGCAACCAUACCAACUGCCUGAUCUGUAAGGCUAUUCAUGAAAAUAUGAACUGCAAAGAGUAUCAGGAUGACCUAAAAGUCCGGGCAGAGAAUGAUAUCGCUGCUAAGCAGACCACAGAUAUGCUUCAGACUAUGCUGCAGAAUGGAGAAGCUAUGCUGUGUCCAAGAUGCCAAAUAAUUGUACAGAAGAAGGAUGGCUGUGACUGGAUCUGCUGUACCGUCUGCCGCACAGAAAUCUGUUGGGUCACCAAGGGACCCCGAUGGGGACCAGGGGGUACCGGAGACACCAGUGGAGGCUGUCGUUGCAGGGUAAAUGGAGUAGUGUGCAAUCCCAACUGUCAAAACUGUCACUGAAUAUGAGUACCAGAGCAAGAAAUGACAGUGCGCAAAGACAGUGCCAAUUAAAGAACUAUGCAACUUAUUUUUGUGAGGGAGGAACACCCUGCAGAAGAAAUGUUCAGCAUUAUUUUGGUAGUUUUGGGGGAUGUCUGUCUACCACUGAAAAGUCAUUUUCAUUUCAAAGAUGUCCUGGGAAAAUGCCUUAUAGCCAUCCUGCUAAGGGAAGGGAUUCUCUGGGGGUCUGUUUAAUUUUUGCUGUGAGUAUUGGGCAGGUUAACAUCUUUCUCUGAACCAUCAUGCCAGCAGCUGCCCUCUGUAAGGGGUUUGGACUAUGUCAAAUCUCCCUCUGUCUACAGGUAUGUAAUGGACUUUGUGAUAUCAAACAACAAAAAAGGGAAGGUUAUGAUAUAGCUUGACCUUUGACGCUUAAAAAAUACACUAAUGGAUGGGGUCCAGGGAUAUUUUAUGCAUCAAACCAUUCAUUCUGAACUGUAGAACUGCUGUUAAGCAUAUAGCCAUGUAAUGCCACAGGGUUUUAUGACCGUCCAUUAAUGAUUAAAAGUGAUAUGGCUACACAGGACAGAUUUUAAAUGCCACAAUAUUCUGUGCAUCAGUUUAGCAUUUAAAUCAUGGAAAUUCUUUGCUAUCAAGUGUCCAAUAGAUAAAUUGGUAGUAACCUGUUCAAUUUCAACUGCCUACUUAAGCCCUGUUUGUGAACUAUUUAGCGUCACUGGUCUAAUUCCUUCUUCUUCAUUUUUACACACUACCCUUGUGAUUUUUAAGUAGCCUGUGGAUAUCUAAGGUGUGUAAUUUCAUGUUAGCUCAUAUAUCAGAAGCGGGUAGCACGAUUUACAAAUACUCAUAUUUCUACCCUUAUCAACUUAGUCUUGACUGACUUCAUUUACUAAGAAUUAAAGUACAUGAGUUUAAUUUGACCAGUUGGUAAAAGAUGGAGAGUUAGUUUCCAGACUGCUGAGUAAUACAUGGGAUUUGCAGAGAGAUAGCUGUGUGAAGUAAAUAUUCAGCUUAGUGGACUGCUGUCAUACUAAUCAACCUCUUACAACAAAAAAUCUGGACAAAGCCUAAAAUAAUGGAAGGACAAAGGCCCAAAAAUAGGGACAAUUUUAAACAUUGCUCUUAUAAACUUAUAAAGAUUCUAGAAUAACAGGCUGGUUUUAGCAUUGCAUGUUUCAGAAGGAUAUGAAUUCUGAAACUCAAAUAUAUGUCAUUAUUUAAUGAGUUCAUUCUUCAUUCAUUUGCCAGAAAACAACACAUUUUACAAGGAACAGACCAAAAAUUUGAGGCAAAAAUCUGGACAUUCUCCGAAAAUCUGGACAGUUGAGAAGUAUGACUGCUGUCUUUCAGAGUAAGGGUAUUUAUAAUGUUAUUGCUUCCGAGGGAGUUCAUAUGGCAGGAGAAGUAAUACAGAUGAGGCCAUAGCUGAAAAGUAAUGCUUAACUGUGUGUCAUUUUAUACAUGUGCAAUUUGCAUCUGGAGUGGAAACACUAUCAGGAGAAAAAAUUUCAAAAGGCGUAAUGACAUGACAUAUACUGUUAUGCUCAAAACAUCUUGGCUAGUCAGUGUAGACCCUGGUCAUGUACUGCUCUGUUCGCAGUCUAGUUUCAUUACAUUUCCUUCAGAAAUUUGUCAUUUUUUUUCUCAGCAUUAUCUUGAAACUGUUUGCCUAAAUUGUAUAGUUUAUUAGCAGUUAAUAUUUUUAGGACUGUUACUCUCUUUUUGUUGAUUGUUUAAUUACUUGUGAUUUGUUUAAUAUAUUAAUUCAUACUGAUCUUGUUAGUAGAGUUGCAUUAUAGCUUUGUUCUUUGUAUUAUAUGUUUAAUGUAAUAUCUGUUUUUUCCCUUAUUUUACUAUAACAAGACCGUGGCUGAAAUGGGACACCCUACGGUUUGAUCCACUUACCCCCUAAAUAAAUAAAUAAAUAAAACAUAUAUAAAUAAGCAAAUCAGUGAGUUCAUAGGAUGAUAGGUACUUACUAGGGUAUUGAUCUGUGAGGGAUCUUAUCUCAUCCAGGGCAGAAGUCACAAAAGAAUAUCAUAAUGGUGGUACUAUCCAAAAAGAAAGUGUCUGAUAACACCAGGGCUGAUGAUAAUUGUCAAGAAAAUUAAAAGGUCAUGAGAAAAGGAAUAUAAAUACAUAGAAUGAGAAAUAGCAUAAUAGGACAGGCCACACAAUUUUUCCUCCCCAACUCUAGCCUCUUGGUGAACAUGUCAGGUAUACAGUCACUUCCUGGUCAUGUGACACUCUUCGGACAUUAACCAGGUCAUCAGCAUGACAAGUUAAAUGUUUGCAUUUUAGCUAUGUGGUUAAGGGCAUACCCAGAACAUGCCAUCAACAGCCCAAAGUACACUAUUUGUUGUUUGUUUCUAUUUUGUGAAGUGAGUUUUGAUCCAGUUUAAAUAAAAAGGCUCUGCCAUAUUUACUCUGGU